UCAGCCAUUGCAGUGAUGGUGCCACCUUGAAAGCCGAAGGAAGGAAAGAAAAGUGAAGAGGAAGGAAUAUAACAAUCAACCAUUUUCCAAAAACUUCCUCUGUGCCCCGAGCUCCUGCCAUGGAGAGGAUAAGUGUUUGUCGGACACGUAGUUCCCUGUGACGGCUCUGCACAAUAAAACUAAUCUGAGAUCUGCUGCUCCUUCUGUUAACCUUACGGGACCAAGAUGACCCUUUGGCUGCUGCUAGUUCUGUCCAUUUGGGUGGGACCUGAUCAAGCCGGCUCCGCCCAUUCCAACGAACGGCGAGUUGUAGCACACAUACCUGGCGACAUCAUCAUCGGAGCCUUGUUCUCCGUCCAUCACCAGCCGCCUGCUGACAAGGUACACGAGCGCAAGUGUGGUGCAGUGCGAGAGCAGUACGGGAUCCAGAGGGUGGAAGCCAUGAUGCACACGCUGGACCGCAUCAACAGCGACCCGCACAUCCUUCCCAACAUCACCCUUGGCUGUGAGAUCCGGGACUCGUGUUGGCACUCGGCCGUGGCUCUGGAGCAGAGCAUCGAGUUCAUACGGGAUUCGCUUGUCUCCUCCGAUGAGGCGGAGGAGUGGGGACCGACAAUGAAGUGCGCUGACCCCUCUGCCACUCCGAUGCGGGGGAAGAAGCCUAUAGUGGGGCUGAUUGGACCGGGGUCGAGCUCAGUGGCCAUCCAGGUUCAGAACCUUCUACAGCUGUUCAACAUACCACAGAUUGCCUACUCUGCCACCAGUAUGGACCUCAGUGACAAGAGCCUCUAUAAGUACUUUAUGCGGGUGGUGCCUUCAGAUGCCCAGCAGGCAAGAGCCAUGGUGGACAUUGUCAAGAGAUACAACUGGAGCUACGUGUCUGCUAUUCACACCGAAGGCAACUACGGUGAAAGUGGUAUGGAAGCGUUCAAGGACAUGGCAGCCAAGGAGGGCAUCUGCAUCGCUCAUUCUGGCAAAAUCUGGAGCAAUGCUGGACAGCAGAGCUUCGACCGGCUGCUGGAGAGACUGAGGGCCCACCUGCCCAAGGCCAGGGUGGUGGCAUGUUUCUGUGAAGGCAUGACCGUCCGCAACAUCCUCAUGGCCAUGAGACGCCAGGGACUGGUGGGAGAGUUCCUGCUCAUCGGCAGUGAUGGAUGGGCAGACAGGUACGACGUGACGGACGGUUUUGUUAGGGAGGCAGCCGGUGGUAUUACCAUCAAGCUCCAGUCGGCCGACGUGAAGUGGUUUGACGAGUACUACCUUAAACUUCGGCCUGAGAACAACAUCCGGAACCCCUGGUUUCCAGAGUUCUGGCAGCAUCGCUUUCACUGUCGGAUUAAAGGCCACCCGCAGGAGAGCAGCAAGUACAACCGCACCUGUAGCAAGCGAGAGUCGCUUCGGCAGCAGUACGCACAGGACACCAAGAUGGGGUUCGUCAUCAACGCCAUCUACUCAAUGGCAUAUGGCCUGCAUAAUAUGCAGCGGGCUCUCUGCCCAGGUUAUCAGGGCCUAUGUGAUGCCAUGCGACCUAUAGAUGGUGCCACACUGCUGGACUUCCUGAUGAAAACUAACUUCACCGGAGUGUCGGGGGAGGGAAUCCUAUUUGAUGUGAAUGGAGACUCGCCCGGCAGGUAUGAGAUAAUGAACUUUAAAAAGAUGGGGAAGGACUACUACGACUACAUUAAUGUUGGCAGUUGGGACAACCGCGGCUUGAAGAUAGACCAUGAUGAAAUCUGGCCCAACAAAGAGGCCAUCAUCAAGUCAGUCUGCAGUGAACCCUGUGACAAAGGACAGAUUAAGGUGAUCCGUAAAGGCGAGGUGAGCUGCUGCUGGACGUGCACCCCCUGCAAAGAAAACGAGUUUGUGUUCGAUGAGUACACCUGCCGAGCCUGUGAGCUGGGCUCGUGGCCCACCUUUGACCUCACAGGCUGUGACCCAAUCCCGGUUGAGUACCUGCGGUGGGGAGACCCUGAGCCAAUAGCUGCUUUGGUCUUCGCCUGCCUCGGUCUGAUGUUCACAUUCUUUGUCACUGCCGUCUUCAUCAGAUUUCGGGACACCCCAGUGGUGAAAUCUUCCAGUCGGGAGCUGUGUUACAUAAUACUGGCAGGGAUCUGCCUGGGUUACCUGUGCACCUUCUGCCUCAUAGCUAAACCUCACAUUAUCCACUGCUACCUCCAACGACUGGGAAUCGGCCUGUCACCUGCCAUGAGCUACUCUGCACUCGUCACUAAGACAAACCGCAUCGCCCGGAUCCUGGCGGGCAGCAAGAAAAAGAUCUGCACAAAGAAACCUCGCUUCAUGUCGGCCUGCGCUCAGCUCAUCAUUGCCUUCCUCCUCAUCCUGCUGCAGCUGGGCAUCAUCGUGGCUCUCUUCCUCAUGGAGCCACCUGAGGUGAUUCAUGACUACCCCAGCAUCCGCCAGGUCAACCUCAUUUGCAACACCACCAACAUAGGUGUGGUUACGCCGCUGGGAUACAAUGGCCUGCUCAUCCUCAGCUGCACCUUCUAUGCCUUCAAGACCCGCAACGUCCCGGCUAAUUUCAAUGAGGCGAAGUACAUUGCCUUCACCAUGUACACCACCUGUAUCAUCUGGCUGGCCUUUGUACCCAUCUACUUUGGGUCCAACUACAAAAUUAUCACCAUGUGCUUCAGUGUCAGCCUCAGUGCCACUGUGGCUCUGUGCUGCAUGUUUGUCCCCAAGGUGUACAUCAUUUUGGCCAAACCGGAGCGUAACGUGCGCAGUGCCUUCACCACCAGCACCGUGGUGCGCAUGCACGUGGGCGAUGGCAAAUCUUCCUCAGCUGCCAGCCGUUCAUCUAGUCUGGUUAACCUGUGGAAACGCAGAGGCUCCACUGGAGAGACACUCAGCUCCAACGGUAAAUCAGUUUCCUGGGCGCAGACGGAGCGCAGCGGUUCGCGUGGCAACCACCUGUGGCAGCGGCUGUCCUUCCACAUCAAGAGGAAGGAGAACAAUCAGACCGCCGUCAUCAAGCCCUUCUCCAAAACCUCUGAGGAACGCUACUGUGGAAGAGGCGACCUUCCCCCGCACGUUCCUCUGCCCUCCCUCCCCUCCAUGUCCUCCAUGUCCUCCCAUCAUGACAUCGGACCGGACAAGACCCUGUACGAGCUCUCGGAAGCAGAGGAGCGCUAUUCGAUCACGUACCGGCCGCAGACGCCCUCGCCGAUCAGCACGGUCAGCCAGAGAUUAGGGCCGGGUUUAGGGGAGGAGCCUCAGAUGUCUGGUAUUCCAAAUUACCCGAGCAGCAUCUGCAGCGGUGGCAGCGGCAGCAGUUGCGGCCCUAUCAGCAGCUGUUCUGUCAUUGCCGGGAGUGAUGGCCGUUUGAUCAUCGUGGACGAUCACCCAGGGGUGGCCCAGAGCUCACUGAUGGAUCAGAUCAGCUGCGUAGUAAACCGCUUCACCGCCAACAUCACCGAGCUCAACAGCAUGAUGCUCUCCCCCUCUCCCACUCACUCACACACAAACAAACACACCCCCCCUUCCCCUCACCCCACCGACCCCUAUCUGUUGCCCCGUGAAAUGCACAUGGCCCCGACCCUGACCACCUACGCUGAUGUCCAGCCCCUCCCACCUGUCGAGUCCAGCCUGGGGGGCCGGGGUGGCUGCCUCGUUCACCCUAUGCCUCAUUCACCUUACCCACUACCGCCUCCUCACCCCCAGGCCUCCCCCUCUCUCUCCCCUAUGCGCGGAGGCCUGGUUAGCUGCCUGAGCGACUCCCCUCUAAGGAGGGCGGAGCUGGAGGAGGAGCUCUUCGCGUUGACUCCUCCUUCGCCCUUCCGUGACUCUCUGGCGUCCAGCAGCAGCAGCUCACCUGGCUCUGAGGCAGACCUCUGUCUCCCACCAGUCCCCUCCCAUCCUCCCCCCUCUCCCCCUUCGCCCAGAUUUAGCAGACUGACGCUCAGAAACUACAGCCAGAGUUCAUCCUCACUGUGAGGCAGAGAUGACAAGUUGAGAAAAUGCAUCAGUGAAGAGGAGCGCCCAAAAACAACGGGUCACGCGGAAGACGAAGAGACUGAAAUCCGUUUUUCUCCCUACGUGGAGUUAAAAACCUGACGUGCAGGAGUCAUGGAGGGCUGGUUGGUGAAUGCACCAAGCUGUGUUUGUGUUUACAUGUUCGCAGUGAGAUGCAAGUAUAAGAAGCUUUUCCCGCGUCGUGUUUUCUUAGUGCUGUCUCUGACAAGUCGGACGUAAAGAACUGCAAAAAUAACCACGGUAACGUUGCAGUGGUUCGGUGUCUGUAGAGCCACUAAUCAUUCUAGAAAGGUCUAGAGCUACGGAUCAUUUAGGUUUGGGUAGUGGCCUUAAGGUAACAUGGCUAUACACUAAUUAGAGACUGUGAAUAUGUGUGUGUGUGUGUGUGUGUUUGUUUUUGUGUGUGCAUCGGUAUGUUGUGGCUGUAUCUUACUUAAUGAGAGUUAAUGGCAACAUGACAGUAUUGAUGAGGUCAGACUCCAAAAGCCUGUAUGGACUAAAUAGAGGCUAUCAAGGGCACAUACAAAUCUGCUUGUACAUACACACACACACACACACACACACACACACACACACACACACACUGUGGGAAUCACUUUGUAAAUAAAUGACAGGUUGUGGAUUUUUCUUUGACGAUAAAAUUUCAGACAAAAGUGCAUUGUGUUAACAUACUGGUCUGUAUGUUACUCUGAAGAACUUUUAUUCAGCUGUUCCCUCCUCAUCAUUUUUCUUUUCCUCAAUCCCUCCUUCUCUCGCUGCUUUCUUUCGUUUUGCCCCCGCCACUGUUUCAGUAUUUUCUACUCUUUCAGUGUGUUUUUUUCUUCAGAAGUUUGAAUGUAUAUUUUCUACAUGAUUCCUGAAGCAGUCGGGACCAAACCUUUUGUACCUCUCUAAUCUUUCUGUGACUUGAGAAAGAGGGAGACGAGGGAUCGACCAGACCUGGCCUCGUUUUUAAAUAUAAACAGCCUCGUCAUUAGAUUUAGUUUCAGGUAGAUUAUUGGAUGAAAUCUGACCUCAAAGCUUAUUGUUAGAGUGUGACAUUUAACAGAGCGUUACGUAAGGCUUAGCUGGAUUCCAGUCGUGACAUUUUCUCUUGUUUGUCAGCGGGGCACAAGCGUCGCUCGGUUUCAUCAAAGAUGUCCGUUUGAAUCACAAUCGUCUCUAAUGUUAGCCGGUGCAGAUUGAUAGAUUCACGCUGGGAGACAGAGAGAGCGUCCUCGUCUGUCUCCGCCUUGACCAAGGUCAUCUGUCUCACAGGUGCUAUGAGCCGUUUAAAGGUCGCCACUCUUUUCACACAAAGAGGGGCUGAGCAACAGAAGAAGUCCACAAAUCAAAAUGGAGCAUUGACCCUUCAUAACUGUGAAGCUGCUUUCAGACAUGCGCUGAAGUCCGCACAUUGUCCUCAAAUUUAGUAGAGGACCCUGACCCUUUUACGUCAUGUUCUGCCUCCUGCAUGAUCAACCAUGGUACCACUCCUAUAGUGAAUUCUCAAAACAUUUCCUGUGGUUUAGAAAGCGUCUGAUCUGGGUAAUCUCCAGUUGCGUUCUUCAUAUGUGAAAGGCAAACUCCUUUUUACCUUUCCAGAGUUCAUGUCUGAAAACGGCUUUAGUCUCACGAAACCAACCUGGUAGCAGAGACCGACUGACAUCCAGUUAAAAGCCAGUCAAAGUGAAAUCAUAGACAAGAACAUUUUACCCAAAUGUCAAACUGUAUGAAUUUAAAGGAAUAAUUCCACGUUUAAAACGUGCGUUCUUGCCGAGAGCGAGAUGAGAUGUCUGCAGCUCUUAUAUCUGUCAGGAGAAAAUAUCUGGUGUCCGGUCUGGUGGCACGUUAAUUAGUGAGCUGUAGAGGAGCUGUUCGGCAGAUUGGACAGUGCCAGGCUCAUUUUGUCUCCAGUGUUUAUGCCAAGCUAACUGGCUGCUGGCUGUAGCUUCAUACUGAAUGGACAGACAUGAGAGUGGUAUGGAUCCUCGCGUCACUCUCAGCAUGAAAGCCAAUCAGUGUAUUGCCAAAUAUAUAACUAAUGCUUAUCCUAAUCCAAUACUUCCCGGUUUGGGAGAAAUGGUGGAAAUUAAUGUAAUCCAGAAGGUAACUGCAUUUUUUAAAGGAGACAUGGUUUGGUAUAUAUGGAGAGAAUCACUGUCGAAUAUUAGAUUAAAAGUCAAAUUCAGUUACUCAAAUUCAAUGUCUGUGUAGAUCAGUGGUUCCCAAACUAGGGGUAGGGGCCCCCCACUGGGCCACGAGACACUGAGGCUACAUCCAUACGACUACGUUUUAGUUUGAAAACAGCCUUUUCGCUCCGUAUCAGUCUCUAACAAGCCUGAAAGGACACAUCAUGUGACCACUCGCAUACACUGGGAAUGCCCGUGCCAGUGUGCCCAGCCAGGCAUGCAGACACGGGAAUUGUCGCAGAUUGCUUGAAUAAUAGCUCGUCUCCUACACAGUUGUAUCAUUGUAAAAUGCAGAAUUUAACUGCACAGCAACUGUGAGCACAGACAACACGGUCAGCAACGCUUGUAAUUAAUUAUCCAUGUUGCGUUCUACACUGGUAGCAGAGGUACAAAAUACAGAGAUGUGCAUGUUACAGAUUUCUUCUUCUUUUGCUAACUAGCUCAAAUACAUAUCCUUUGUAUGCCUCAACCGACUCCGGACAUAAUGGGGGUUGCAGGUCUCGGGCACCUUGAUUUUGCGGGGCACAGGCUGAACAGUUUGGGAACCGAUGGUGUUAACAGACCUGAACUUGAAAACACUGCAAAGCCUCCAACUGACUACUCGGCCAUUGAAGCUUUAGGUACAAACAUAUGCCUUUGAAUGAAAUAUUGUACUUAUAUGUGCCAACACUUGAACAGCAUUUGAGAGUACUCAGAGCAGUGCUGGGAUAUAAAAUGUGCCGAUGAAUGCAUUCACUAAGAUGCUUUGAGAAAUGGGACCUUGGCCUCUAGUCACAGAGGAAAACACUCAGCAAAGUAGAGAGGAAAACAAACCAAACAAGAAAUCUAAAGUUAGAAAGUUGUGAUACACAACACCAACUUUUUAGACAUUUUUACAUGAGGAGUAUUACCUGCAACAAAGACAUGGAUUGGUAAAUCGAACUCAAUCAAAGCUAAUGAGACUGUUGCUGUCACAAUGAAGAAAUGUUGCCUGUGUGUUAUUGUCCAUUUUUGGUCCAUUUUUUGUGUUGUAUUUCUGCUCUACAGUAGCCAGCAAGAACAAACUCAGACAAAGUGAUUCUGUAAAUAAUAAGGGCAUGCAAAGACAGUUCUGUUUUGUUUCUGAUGAAAGUACAUUUAUUUACAGGCGAAAAAAAAAGGACAAAAAAAGAUGUUUUUGAACUGUGUUAUAACAUACAGUACCAAUAUGUGUUACGACUACAGAAACUGUGUUACCACUCUGAAUGUGUGAGUGACCAUUCCUAUUCAAAUGUCUUGUAAUUCAACGAUAUAAUAAUAAUUGAUAUGAAUAUGAUUCAUUGUGCCAAAGGGGUAAGAGAAGGUCUAGUUUACUAGCUUGUGGGUAAAUACAUGGUUUCAUAAAAAAAAGACAAAAAAUGUAAAUGUAAAACUGUUUCUAUUGUUUUUGGAUAUUUUCAUAUAAUUAUUCCACAUUUUCCAAUGUAAAAGCAAUAUUAUCCAUACGUAGAAGGUGCACAUCGGAGGGGUUUCUCAAAUUAUUACCAACGUUCUUUAUUAUACAGUAAUCGCUGGUGGGCAACAAAAGGAAGGAUAUGGGUAGAUGAGAACAUUUUUUUUCUAAAUCUAUAUUUAAAAGGAGACAUUUGUUGUCUUCAAGUUGCCACGAAGGUGUGAUUCCAUAUUUUUGCGAUUGUCUCAUUUGUAGUUCAACAUUUUCCACCUUUUGAUUCCCUGAUCUAAACAGUCCGAUCUUCUGAAAGGCAGGGAAGAUAGUAGGAGAUGAUUUGUGUGCCAUUAAUUGUUUAUUUUUUGCAUUUUUUGUAAAGAAGUGUACUGCCCAACUCGAUUUUGUUGGUCUCUGGACCUUAAAGUAGAGAGUAUGAACUUGGAACUUGUGGAUAUACGCACAAUCACCAUCUUGGAUAGCUGUACAGAGACUUUAUAUGAUCUGCAAGAAUAUCUUAAAAGUUUUGUUUUUGUCAAUACCGCUACAUCUAUUCAUUUAAAUCUGGGCCGGGACCGGUUGUCACAAACACAAACCAGUGUUAGCGUGGAGACAUUUCCGAGGAGGGGCCGGUUUAUGUGCUGCUGUCACUGAUAUCGUUUCUAACGUGCCGGGAGCUUGCUUCAGCACUUCAGCUGUUUGCUUUCAGGCCCCUUGGGUGAGCCUCGACAGUUGUGUGCUGCCUCUGCAGAAAAAGACGGGUUCAGCGUAUGACAUCAAUUGCGAUCUUAUUCUUUCUAAGGGCUCAGAUCUGGGACCAUCGCACAUUAAUAUAACACACCAUUAACAGCAUAUAGUAAUUAGAGAACACAGUCAUUAACAUGUGGUUAGAAUGAUUGAAGGAAAAUUGGCAAGAAUAGCAAAUAUUCAAAUUAUUACAUGAGAGAAUCGUAAAAGAAAUUGACAUUAAAGAUAAUUCAGAUAUUAAUUACUUCUGUCAUCCUUUAUGUGUAAUUGUCCUUGUUUGGAAAUGAUAAUAAUUUUAUAGAGGCAUGGCUCCACAUUUCAGCCCUACCUCAAGGAUCACAGAGAGCUACCACUUGUAGUAAUCUGGGGUGAUCUCUGCUUUCCCUUCAUACUCCAGCCAAAACAUGAUGACGAUUAUGAUUAUUAUGAUGAUGAGUAAAAUCUUAUGUUCGCCAGGAAGAUGAUCUCCAGAUGAUGUCCACCCAAAACGCUGUCUGCUCCCUUAUUUCUGUAAAUGCACUCUAAAGAAUUGGAUUGAUAAUCCCUGCGCUGGAAAAAUACUUUUAAUCCAGACUUGUUUAUCUGCUGAUCGCAGGAACCCAAGGUCAUUUAUUUUAAACCUUCUGAAUGAGAAUAUGAAUAGUUUAGACUUUAACCGGUCACUGUAAUGAUGGUGUGUCGGGCUCCUGUGAAAAUGUUGCGUCGAUGUAGAAAGACCAGCAGCCACCCUGCUGUGAUGAUCUGGAGGAAAACAUCACAGUCUACUCCCACCUCCUAAUAUCUGUGUUAAAGCUGAGGCUCUCUGUAGACGAAGGCCGGUCAGAAACAUGGAUCAACAGAGUUUAAUCUGUAGUGAGACAGAGCCACUGCCACACCUGAUUAUAUUUUUCAUUGAACACAAAACACAGAGCUAUGUUUACUGUGUAAACACCACAUUGACAAAUGGUCGUAUAUAUGUUGUCAGGGCAGAAAGCAAAAGGUCUGUUGUGACUGCCUGCGCUAAAAGUCUAAUUAUUAUAAGAGUAAAUCAUGAUGAACACACCUCUGUGAGUGUCAUUUGGCAGACUUAACAGUUUCUUACCUUUUAAACAAUGUUUAUGAAAUAAGUAAAUUAAAAGAUGUUUAGGUGAGAGGUAAGAAUUUAUAUUUUUAAUUACAUCUAGAGAGGUUGAGUAUAUCAAGGCCAAAAUCCAACAAGCCUUCUUCCCUCUUCCUGCCAACCAGUGAAUCCCUUCACAGUCAUGUCUGUUCUGGUCUGUCGUCUUUUUCUCCCACACAAAUCAGAAAGGAAAGGAUGUCGGUAUCGAUAAGAUCCUGAAGAUACCCGUCUCUUGAGAUGAAUUCAUAGUCUUCGCGUCCGUCGCUCUGCCGAGGUCAACCCCAUCAGAGUAAAUUAUAUUAUUUAAAAUUUAGGCCGAAUUUUGUAAACCAGUAUACGUAUCAAUACAUUGAUCAUUUUACUGUAUUGAGAAUGGCUUAUGGUCAUUUCCAAAUCAACCGAUUGUUCUGACUUUAUUUAGUAAAACUACCUGACAGCUUGUAUUUUCAGGAGAUACUAAGGGCAUUUAGACUUUAAAUGGCGGCGCCCAACUCAUCACAAGAUACUGUACAGAUCAGUGUCCCUGAGAAUUAAACUUCCUGCAGGGACUUAGGAGGAAUUCCCUCGCCUGAAUGAAACCCGAGGCCCGCAGGGGUGACGACUAGAUGUCUUAAAAGUCAUCAACAGUAUUUUUGUAAGUUUCGUCCAAAGCUGCUGAUUUGAAUGUUGUGUUUUUUUCUAUAACCGAGUAAAGGGCAUGUGUGUUUUUAAUAUGUGGGGGUUUCCUCAGCCAAUAGAGUAAAACGACAGAUUUUAGGUCGGUAUAGGUCGUAUAGUGCAGAGGAGAUUGUGAUGUGUAAUAAGAAGUUAUAGAUUCUGUAUUAUAUUGAUCAUAAGUAAGAGAGGAGAUUGUAUAAUGAAUUAUUUGACGUCAGGCUUUGUGGGGGAGUGGAUUCACUUAUAAUUAAGCAGGUGUAUGUAGGAUGUUUCUGUUUUACAAAAAGACCGGGCAGGUUGGAGAAUUUUCAGUAUUGUGUAUUGAUGGUUUGUGAAAUAUAUUGAGAUGAACGUGUUUCAUUUGGUGAGAGAAUGAAACCAAACUGAGCUGUGAUAUUACACCAUAUGACACAGAGUUAUCCCUGCAGGGGACCAUGGAUGUCUAAGAAACCAAUCUUGUUUGCAUUUACAUAUUCCUCAUAAGUACAUCAUCCUGUUUGAAUCACAGCCAUGGCCACAAACAUUAUUAAUACCCCUGCUUUAAAUUCUGAUGAGGUUCUCUCAGUAGAGUGUUUGACAGUAGAGCGUUAGCGAUAUGAAUAAGGCCUCAUAUCCUCACUGCUCACUUGAGAUAAUUCAGACGAUCGCGUUUUAUCAGAGGAUUCUGUUGUUGUGAAGUUUAACAAGCUCGUAAACAAAUGUGGCGUUUGUUUCACUUAUUUUCGACGAAGGCAGCUCAUCUGCAUAUAAAUGAAGGCCCUGUGUUGUGCUCUUAUCUCUUAACAAACCCAGACCUAUCAAAAGUGACAUUCAGCGCCGCUCAUUAAAGCAGCUAGUUUGGGCUUCGUUUUGAUAAAAUGGGAAAUGAUGAAGAGUUAGCAUAAACAUAAUUAGAGGGACGUGGAAUGAGCUGAACACCAUAAACUGAGGGUGUAGAAUGUGAUAUAUAUAUAUUUCUCUUUAUUCAUUUAGAAGUAUUUAUAUAGUGCAGGCAGGAAAUGACCAUUACUAAAAUUAAAAUGUAUGAGUCAUUUAUUUAGGCUUAUCGACCGCGGCGUAUCCCCGGUUAUCCUCCAGUUGUGUUUUAUCAGUCUGUUCUUAGCACAAGCUCCUCCACUCAGUGCCAACUCUGUCAUUUUUAUUUAUUUAUUUCAGAUGCUGCUGCAUUUAUUUUUUUAGCUGGGUUGGAUAAACACAACAAAAAAGAUUCAGCUAGAGAUAUAUGAUCCUCUGUGGUGAAAAAUGUAAAUUAUAUAUGUAUAUUUUCAUAAGCUGUUUAACAGUGCCAUAUAAAUAUGAUAAAGAUGACUUCAAUAUAUCGUUUUCUUAAGGAAGCUUUGUAGUGUUUAUCCACCCUGAAUUAUUUUUUAACAAACCUGACUUUUUCUUUUCUUUUUUUAAGCUUUGCUGUUUUGUUCUCCUGACGUUCAGAACCGUAGAAUGUAAUUUGAUGCUACAUAUUAGUGUGAUAAUGGAAGGUGAUUUUAUAUUUGGAUAUUUGAUUGUCUACUAAAUAUUUUUACUCAGCUUUGUACAGUGUGAAAUGUGAGAAUAUAUGGUUGUCGCUGUUUGGAAAAUCUAAUGUUUUUAAGUGACUUUUUGCUGCGGGCGGGAGGUUGUAGAUGUCUCAUUCAGGCAGAUUUUACCACCAACUACUAUCAAAUAAGCUUGAGGCCAGCCUUGGUGAUUUGAAACUAAAAAGGUUUGAUAUAAAUUAAUUGCUAUCCAAUUGUGCUGGGAUCGAAAUUGUUUGUGGCCGACACCGGGGACCUUGCUCAAAGGCCUUUCAGAGGCUCCCAACAAACCUGGCAGUAAGAGCGAGAGCGAUUUUUGGCCAAACAGAGUUCUUCUCAUCUCCCAAUUAAUGAAUCUUCAUCUCCUCGCUCCAAAUAGGCCCGGGGUGAUGCCCACAAAGGGCCCUUCUCUGGCCGAUCAGGAGCUGUAAGCUGAAAGGAGAGUGGGCAGUGGUAACAAGAUGCUCCCUGUGCUUUUAAUAUAACAAGUGUUUUUUUCUUAGUCAUGGACAGUUGGACCGUGUGUGCUUGGCAGUAGGACUGGCAAAAAGAAAAUGCAAAAAUUUCGAUUCAAAUAACUUGUGUUCUGUCAUCCUGUGCCUCCUGUUUGGGAAAAAUACGUUGCUCCAAUUCCUGCGUCGCUGCAUCUCAGACUUGCUUUUCUCCCUUGUGGCCUAAGUGGCAGGAAGUGAGAAACAAAUACGAGACGCUCGGCAGGAAGUGCAGGUGCAUUAAUAAGAUCUGCGAAGAACCGCAAACUUCCGGGAAACUUGUGCAAAAAGGAAAAAACAGUGAGCACUACUUAAGUUAGACCGGCAUGAGGUGGCUCUAUGUUGUGUUGUAAGUGCGUGCCUGGUUAGGGAAACGCAUUAGUUCAAUCUUCUGCAGAAACACUGUGCACUUUGGCACGGACACGUGAUAUUUCUAGACAACACCACUAAGAAAGAGAUAGGUUAGAUGACUAAAAAUAGGAAAAGAACAGUCACAAGGUUUUCAUCAGCUCUAAACUUACAGCUCUUCACCAUGACAUGGUUCUCUUCAUGUUUUCUUUCUCACUGGGAUGUUAACUCGAUGUUUCCGGGAGCCUCUGGUCAUUGUGACCACCAGAGAGCAGGGCUGUAAGUGUACUACAAAGUACCCUUCAAUCAUUGUUGAAAUCAUUAUUAAAAAACACUAUGAUCUCCUUGUC